GUACGCAGGUCUGCUAGUGUUCAGUGACGUGGCGGUGACGCGUCGGUACAGCACGUGCAACGCGUCGCAGGGGUACGGGGAGUGUCUCGAGGGGGGCUGCUACCCCCUCAACAAGAGGUGCGACGGCGCCUACGACUGUCCAGACCAUACCGACGAGGCUAAUUGUGAGAACGACUUCCACAAGUCAUUCGAGCUGACUCACUUCCGCAAGUUCCGCUUCAACCGCGUGCAGCGACAGUAUGACAACGUGUGGCUCUGGCGGGAUGUGAACAUUGGACCGCACGGACGAUACGUCUUCACGGUCGAUGUGCCACAGAUACCUGCACACUGGAUAGUGUCGGCGUUCAGUAUGUCUCCCAGCCUCGGUUUGGGCAUGCUUACUGAACCUAAGCAAUAUGUAGGCGUAUUACCGUUCUUCAUAAAGGUGGAGGGACCGGACCAGUGCCGCCAGGGGGAGCAGGUGGGACUCAGGGUCGUUGUGUUCAACUACCAGCCCCAGGAUAUUGAAGCCGUCGUCGUACUCUCCGCAUCGCCUGACUACAAGUUCGUGCAUGUUGAGGAGAAUGGCAUUGUCCGGUCGUACAACCCGCGCACGUCGUUCGGCGAGCACCAGUUCUUCGUGUACAUCAGCGCGGGCGACGCGGCCACGGUGCACGUGCCCGUCGUGGCCGCGCGCCUCGGUCUCGUGCGCGUCCGGCUCCACGCCGCCACGCUCAUGGGCCAGCACCACUACGUCAAGGACAUACACGUCCUGCCGGACGGGCUCCCCCAGUACCGCCACCAGUCAGUACUGCUGGACCUGUCCAACAGAGCGUACGUGUUCCAAUACAUGCACGUCAACGUCACCGAGACUCCCAUCAUUCCCUACGAGGUGGACAGGUACUACGUGUUCGGGUCCAACAAGGCCAGGAUAUCUGUCGUCGGCGAUGUCGUCGGACCUCUCUUCCCAACCAUGCCUGUUAACGCUAGCAGCUUGCUACAUUUGCCUAUGCUUACCGGUUUUCUCACGAACCAAUCUGCAUCAAGUGUAUGGUUGACCUCAUUCUGCGCGAAGAUAUUCCAAGAUGCAUCGUUCAACGAGUGGGAGAACUUUAUUUACAUCGACCCUGAGGUGAUAUCAAUGGCAGUGUCAUGGAUAUUAGACCAUCAGACCCCCGAAGGUGCGUUCUACGAGGUGACGUGGCUACCGAACAGAAAUGACAACGCUACCAUCGUGGUGCCCAAGAACAGCUCGCUGUAUAGAGAAGCAUUCAGCAAUACUGGAUGGCACGACCCCACUGCUAUAGAAGUAAAUGAUUCAAUAAUAAUGCAGCGAAACAUCACGUUGACUGCUCAAGUUAUCAUCACUUUGGAAACUGUCAAGAAUCUCAAGGACAUUGGAGUGAGAGAGGUAAGGAUUUAGUGAUAUUAGAAAGAAAGAAGGAAAGAAAAAUAUAUUUAUUCGCCACCAGGCAUGGACCACCGAAUAU